CCUUACGGCUUAAGGCCUCAAUCUAUGCCUCUUCCCGGCAAAAACAAAAAUGAAGAGCAGGCUCAUUCUAAUUUAUAGACAAAACGGCGCCGUUGCCUCCUCCUUCUCAAACUCCCACCGCCUCUGGCUCCUCUUCCUCACCACGUUUUUCGCUUCAACCUUCACCCUCACCCUCAUCAACUCCGCCUUCCCUUACUCCUCUGCCAGAUCCCCAAGCUUAACCUCUGCCUCCGUUUCCACUCCACUCCCUUUCUCCAUCUCCGACGCCCUCGUCCACUACGCUUCCAUGACCCCGAACUCGACCAACUCGCCUCACAUGUCGUCCGCCGAGCUCACCUCCAUAGCCACAGCUCUUAGCCCCUGUUCUCCCCGCUGCAACUUCUUGGCAUUUGGUCUCCCCCACGAGUCCCUCCUCUGGCACGCCCUCAACUUCAACGGCCGCACAAUCUAUUUGGACGAGAGCGAGUUCUUGGUCUCCAGGUUCGAACAGUCUCACCCGGGAAUCGAAGCCUACGACGUGUGGUACUCCACCAAGGUCUCCGACAUGCCGGAGCUCAUCAAAGAAACCAAAUCCCUGGUCCGCAAUGAGUGCAGACCUGUGCAGAAUCUCUUAUUCUCGGAAUGCAUUCUCGGAAUCAACGACCUUCCCAACCACAUUUACGACGUGCCUUGGGACGUUAUUCUGGUCGAUGGGCCACGUGGGUACUACCCAAAUGCUCCUGGUAGGAUGUCUGCUAUAUUCACGGUGAGCGUGCUGGCGAGGAGCACAAGCGACGGUCGGACCCACACCCAUGUGUUCGUGCACGACUUCGACCGAGAGGUCAAGCAGAAUUGCAGCUAUGAAUUCCUGUGCGAAGAGAAUAUGGUUGAAACUGUGGAUUUGUUGGGGCAUUUUGUGGUGGCGAGAAUGGAGGAGAAUAGCUUUCAGUUCUGUACAUACUCGAGUUCUUCCUCAUCAACAUUAAUGCCAUUGUCGGUUUAGCUCUUUAUCAUUAGGAGAUGACGAAGACAAUCAUUGAGAGAUGGGGCCUGUGAUUAAUUUUUGUUUUGUUUUUUAU